AUGAAAACGAAAGAUGUGACAAAGCCCAUACAGGUGGGAAAAGUGUUUAUAAAUAGCAAGAGAUGGCCGGUUCAAGUGAGAGAAAAAACGUCUCUAGCAGGCAGAACAGAGUUAACAACUUGUGAAAGAAAUCAGACAAGUGCUUGUACGAAAGAGAUUCAUCGAGUGGGAGGAAUUUCAUUUGCAAGGAACUAUAACAAAAGGAUCCAUAGACAAGAUUAUUGGAAGACCAUCGGGAAUUAUAGUGGAAGAAGAGCAAUGAGCAAAAUGUCGAACCCAGGAUGGAUGAGUAAAAUUCGAAAUGUCGAUUUGUUUGAUUUGGAAGAGCAACCCGCACGAAGUUUUAUUGGAGGCAAGUGGGUGACCGCAUCGUCUGGUCAAGUAUUCGAUGUAGAAGACCCUGGACGCAGUCGAGUCCUAGCGUCGGUAACGGACAUGGCCGUGGAAGAAACUCGAGAGGCGAUUGAGAUUGCACAUACAGCCUUCCAAAAGUAUCGUCAUAGCUCUGUGAGAGAACGAGCAGCGAUUUUACGCCGUUGGUAUGAAUUGAUGUUGGAAAACGCAGAUGACUUGGCCACUAUGAUGACACUGGAAAACGGAAAGUCGUUAGCGGAUUCCAAAGGCGAAGUGGUUUAUGCGGCAAACUUUCUCGAUUGGUUUUCAGGCGAAGCACUCCGUGUCAAUGGUGACUCCCAUAUGGCUUCGGCACCAAAUAACCGCAUUUUGACAAUCAAACAACCCGUAGGCGUUGUUGGCAUUAUCACUCCAUGGAACUUUCCUGCUGCCAUGAUUACUCGCAAAGUAGGUGCUGCAUUGGCUGCCGGGUGUACCAUGGUCAUCCGUCCAGCCGGAGAGACUCCUUUUUCCGCGAUUGCGCUUGCCAAACUUGCAGAACGUGCUGGUGUUCCGGCAGGCGUCAUAAACAUGGUCACCUCUGACUCUCCCGCUGAGCAUGGCCUUGAAUUGACCACCAAUCCCCUUGUUCGCAAAGUGUCGUUCACUGGUUCUACAAACGUUGGCAAGAUUCUCGCCAAUCAGUCUUCAUCUACACUCAAGAAGCUCUCUCUCGAGCUUGGUGGUAAUGCUCCUUUUAUCGUGUUUGAAGACGCCGAUUUGGAAAAGGCUGCCGAUGCUUUGAUUGCCUGUAAAUUCCGUGGCAGCGGACAAACUUGUGUUUGUGCCAACCGUAUAUUUGUUCAUUCCAAUGUUUAUACACCAUUCGUUCAACUCGUAUAUGAUCGCGUCUCCAGAUUCCAACUCGGUUACGGUCUUGACGAAGGCGUAACCCACGGUCCCCUUGUCAGUCGCAAGGCCGUUCACAAGGUACAGGAGCAUGUGAAUGAUGCUCUCAAUAAAGGUGCUACCGCUCUCACCGGUGGUUCCGUCGCUUCUGAAAUGGGUCCUUGCUAUUUCCAUCCCACCGUCCUCAUUGAGGCCAAGCACAACAUGCUCAUUGCUCAGGAAGAGACCUUUGGUCCUGUUUGUGCCCUCUUCAAAUUCUCCACCGAAGAAGAGGUCCUUAAGCACGCUAACAAUACGCCCGUAGGCUUGGCUGGCUAUCUGUUUUCCAAAGAUAUUUCUCGCGUCUUUCGCGUUGCCGAAGCCCUUGAGGUUGGCAUGGUAGGCUGUAACACGGGUGCUGUCUCUGAUGUGCUUUCUCCAUUCGGCGGUGUCAAGGAAAGCGGAUAUGGUCGUGAAGGUAGUCAACAUGGCAUUUCCGAAUACUUGGACAUCAAGUCAAUGACGAUCUCUCUCGACUAA